AUGCGCUUCAAACUCUACCUUCUUGUGGGGUUUAAGCUGCUGCUGCUACUGUUCAUGGCCUUUGGCAAAGGAGUGGCAGCUCAGGUGGAGGAGGCAACCAACUCCACCAGCUCUCCGUGGCUCAGAGGGCGAAGGUCGCUGAGACGCCAUGGCUGCUGGUACCAGCCAUGGAUCUGCUUGGAGCGCCUGCGGCCUUUCGAGCGAAGAAUGUGCUGCAGGAACCGGUGCGUCGACACCGGCGCCGACGCCAACAACUGCGGCCUCUGCGGCAUCCGCUGCCCGUUCCGGCGGUGGUGCUGCAAUGGCUUGUGCAUCGACGUCAUGGCAAACCCACUGCGGCAACCGGUGCCAGCCUGGCCACCGUUGCCGGUACGGCCUGUGUGA